UUUUGUUGCAUCAAAUUCAGAUUYAAGCACAUUUAAACUAACAUCUGGAUUCGUUUUAUUUCCCAACUCAGUCAAAUGAAACCAGGGUCUUAUUGUUAUUGUUAGGACGGGGUUAAAUGUGUAUCCUCUCAGGUGAUGGUUCAUGCAGACACUGGAGGGGGGGCAUCACUAUAAUGUGGGGCGGGGUCGCUCUCAUGCGCACUGUGCACGCGGCGGCUCCAAAGUCCUAAACUUCAUUUAGAGACAGAGGGAAGCUGCUGCAGACYGAUCCGGACCGGACUAAAACCACCUGAGUCGGUGCAUCAGUGAUAAUCUGCCUCCAUCAUGGCGUGGCCGUGCAUCACGCGCGCUUGCUGCAUCAACCGCUUCUGGACCGAGCUGGACAAGGCGGACAUCGCGGUGCCUUUGGUCUUCACCAAGUACUCGGACGUGGCGGACGUGCAGAGGCUGCAGCACCACCACCCGCAGCCCAAGACCCGGGAGGAGCCGGCGGCCGCCGACGAGGCGCCGCCCGCKGCCGGCGGUGCCGCAGCGGCCAAAGAUGGCUCCGCCGCGUCCGUCAUGCGCCAAGACUUCCAGGCGUGGAGAGUCCGGCCCGAGCCCAGCUGCAAGCCGAGGAACGAGUACCAACCCCCGCCGGCCCCGUUCAUCAACGAGACCCAGUAUCAGAAGGACUACAAGCCCUGGCCCAUCCCGAGAAAACACGACCACCCCUGGAUCCCCAAACCCAGCCCCGCCGCCGCCACCUCCGGCCCGGAGAAGAGCGCCGGGGCCGCGAGACUGAAGCGACGGCCCGCCGAGGCCGAGAGCGGCGUGGAGAAGAGCGAGAUCGAGGAGAAGAUCCAGGAGAAGGAGGUGAAGAAGGAAAAGGAGGUGAAGAAGGAAAAGGAGGUGAAGAAGGAGGCGGAGGAGGAGCAGCGGAGAAGCAGGGCGGCUGCUGAUGCUGUGAACAGGCAGAUAAAGGAGGUGAUGUCCACAUCCAGCAGCUACAGGACUGAAUUUAAGGCCUAUAAGGAUGUGAAACCAGUGAAGCCCAUCAAGGCUCCAUCUCAGUAUAAGCCUCCGGGGGAGGAGACCAGCCUGGAGACCAGCUACAGUGCCACCUUCAAGGGGGAGCAGGUCAAAGGUCAGGCCAAGGACAACAAGCUGCAGGAGCGCCGGAGGAUACGCAGCCUCUACAGCGAGCCCGCCAAGGUGGACAAGCCGGCGUCUCGCACCAAACCCAAAAAGCCACCGACGACAACGACAACAACGGGGAAGACGGUGAAAAAAGCUAAAGAGAAGCAGAUUCCUAGUUCCCAGCCAGCCAAGAAGAAACCGCCCGCGGCCUCGUCAGACACCAAACCGGAGGGAGUUGUGACGAAGAAGAGCAAAGAGAUCAGCAACAGACUGGCUGAAGCCAAACAGUAGAGGAGGAGGAUUUAUGUGCUCCACAUUAGACGACGUGAUGAAUUAGGUGGAUCUCUUCCCUUUGGUUUGUCUCUUCCUCUGUUGUCUUGUCUCACUCCGUUCACCUUUGAACGAUCACUGAUGUUGAGUCUUUAGAAAAAUGCAAAACCUUUUCACCGGAAACUAUCGGUGCCCGAAAGUGAAUGUAUGAAAGUUCUUGAUACUUUUUCUCUUUUUUUGUGUGUUUUGCUGCACAGAACUGCUUUUAUAUGUUUCUAAACACAUGAUUUGCACAUUGUA